AUGAACACCACUAGACACUGGGCUCUUACAUUUCAGCCAGUGUUGUUGAAUGCCACCGGCAGAGAGCUCAACGAUUCAGCCCUUUACAGCAGCAGGAGCGACCACGGGUUCUGCGAACAAGUCUCCAUCAAGGCAGAGGUCUUCUUGACGCUGGGGAUCACCAGCCUUCUGGAAAACGUCCUGGUCAUCCUUGCUGUGAUCAAGAAUGGGAACCUCCAUUCCCCUAUGUACUUCUUCCUUUGCAGCCUGGCAGCCGCAGACAUUCUCGUGAGUAUGUCCAACGCCUUGGAGACCGUCAUGAUCGCCAUCCUGAGCAACGGGUACUUGGUCAUCGGCGACCGUUUCAUCCAGCACAUGGACAAUGUCUUUGACUCAAUGAUCUGUAUCUCUUUGGUUGCCUCCAUAUGCAACCUUUUGGUCAUAGCCGUCGACAGGUACAUUACCAUUUUUUACGCGCUCCGUUACCACAGCAUCAUGAGUGUGAGGAAAGCCCUGGCACUGAUUGGCGUCAUCUGGGUGGCUUGCAUCAUCUGUGGCAUCAUGUUCAUUGUCUACUAUGAAAGCAAAACCGUCAUUGUCUGCCUUAUCACCAUGUUCUUCACCAUGCUUUUCCUCAUGGCCUCCCUGUAUGUCCACAUGUUCCUGUUUGCGCGCCUGCAUGUCAAACGCAUUGCCGCCCUGCCUGUCGAUGGGGUCCCCCAUCAGCGCACCUGUAUGAAAGGGGCUGUCACCAUAACUAUUCUCCUGGGGGUCUUCAUUGUCUGCUGGGCACCGUUUUUCCUGCACCUCAUUCUCAUCAUAUCCUGCCCGACCAACCCGCACUGUAUUUGCUACACCUCACAUUUUAACACGUACCUGGUCCUGAUUAUGUGCAACUCAGUCAUCGAUCCCCUUAUUUAUGCAUUCCGCAGCCUGGAGAUGCGGAAGACAUUCAAGGAGAUCGUUUGCUGCUGCUACGGCACGAGCUCGGGGCAAUGCUACCCCUUGCUCUAA